AUGGAGGGAGACGGGAACGCCAAGGGGAGCCUGCCCGGGAAGCGCAGCCUCAGCCACGCAGCGGAGCAGCAGGCGGCGGCUGUGCCCAUGAUCCCAGCCAUGGAGCUCGCCCAGGAGCCGGAGAAAGCAGCGCUUAGAGGCAAAAGCAAGAACCCCAACACCUAUACAGUGCUCUCCCUGGUACUGUCUGCCUGUGUGCUAACCAUAAUCCUAGGAUGUAUAUUUGGACUGAAGCCUAGCUGUUCAAGAGAUGUCAAAACUUGCAAAGGCCGUUGCUUUGAGAGGACAUUUGGAAGCUGCCGCUGUGAUGGAGAUUGCGUCGAACUUGGAAAUUGCUGCUUAGAUUUCCAGGAAGCAUGUAUACAGCCAGCUCAUAUAUGGACCUGCAAUAAGUUCCGGUGUGGAGAGAAGAGGCGGCCAGAGAAUCGUUGCUCCUGUUCAGAUGAUUGUGUGGAAAACAAAGAUUGUUGUGUCAAUUAUUAUAUAGUUUGCCAAGGAGCGAAAAGUUGGGUUGAAGAAAAAUGUGAGGACAUUAAUGAACCCCAGUGCCCAUCAGGGUUUGCAAAACCCCCAGUUUUGUUGUUUUCUUUGGAUGGCUUCAGAGCAGAGUAUUUGCACACCUGGGGUGGACUUCUUCCUGUUAUUAGCAAAUUACAAAAAUGUGGAACAUACACUCCCAACAUGAGACCAGUGUAUCCAACAAAAACGUUCCCCAAUCACUACACCAUUGUCACAGGGCUGUAUCCAGAAUCCCAUGGUAUAAUUGAUAACAAGAUCUACGACCCCCAUAGAAAUGUUUCCUUCACACUUAGAAAUGCAGAGAAGUUUAAUCCGCAGUGGUACCAAGGACAGCCUCUCUGGCUGACAGCUAUGCAUCAAGGUCUAAAAGCUGGUACAUUCUUCUGGCCUGGAUCAGAUGUGAGAAUUAACGGAACUUUUCCAGACUUGUAUAGAAAGUACAAUGGUUCAAUCCCAUUUGAAGAAAGGGUGAUAGCUAUUCUUCAUUGGCUGCAGUUACCUAAAGAUGAAAGACCACACUUUUACACUCUGUAUUUAGAAGAACCAGAUACCUCCGGCCAUCGUUUUGGACCAGUCAGCAGUGGAGUCAUUCUUGCACUACAGAGAGUGGACAACAUAGUUGGGAUGCUGAUGGAUGGUCUCAAACAAAUGAAUUUGCACAAAUGCCUAAACAUUAUUCUUCUAUCUGAUCAUGGCAUGGAAACAGCUAGCUGUAGUAAAACAGCAUAUCUGAGCACAUACAUGGAGAAUGUUCAAGAUAUCACAAUAAUUCCUGGCCCUGCAGCUCGCUUAAGACCCCAAAAUGUUCCAGAUGAGUAUUUCUCUUUUGAUUACCAGCGUGUUACCAGACAACUUACAUGCAUAGACCCAGAUCAGCAUUUCAAAGCAUUUAUGAAAGAGCUCUUACCCAAGCGUUUUCACUACGUCAACAACGACCGAAUUGAACGAGUACAUUUUUACUUAGACCCCCAAUGGCAACUCGCUCGAAAACCAUUUGAAAUCAAAUAUUGCAGUGGUGGAUUCCAUGGCUCAGACAAUCGCUUCAUGAGUAUGCAGGCUCUCUUUAUUGGCUUUGGACCUGGAUUCAAGUUCAAGACUCAAGUUGACCCAUUUGAAAAUAUUGAAAUCUAUAAUUUAAUAUGUGAUUUGCUUGGUAUAACACCAGCCUACAACAACGGAACUCAUGGAAGCCUAAACCACCUUUUAAAGAAUCCUGUUUACAUUCCAAGACAUCCAGAGGAAGGAAGUCAUCCAUCUGUAUAUCCGCUCAUGAAAGCCACCUCUUCAUUGGACAUUGGUUGCUCAUGUGAUUUGGCAGGCUUGCCCAUAAGGGAUUUUCAGCAACAGUUAAAUCACACUGCAUCAGAAGUAAAGAAGAUCGAGAAAUACAGUUUGCCUUAUGGGAGGCCCAGGGUUCUACAGCAGAGAAGCACAUAUUACCUCCUUUACCAUCACCAGUAUGUGAGUGGAUACAGCCAGGAUCUCAAUAUGACUUUGUGGAGUGCUUACACUGUUGGCAAAUAUGAUAACCGGACUGCCUCUGUGGAAAACUUGUCCAACUGUUUACAUGUGGACAUUCGUAUCCCUUCUAGUUCUAGCAAGACUUGUUCAUUUUACAAAAAUCACCAUCAACUGAACUACGGAUUCCUUUUCCCUCCAAAUCUAAGAAAAGACACAAGGAAGAGUUCCUAUGAAGUCCUACUUAACAGCAACAUUGUUCCUAUGUAUCAUGAGUUUAAAGUGUUAUGGAACUAUUUCUAUGAUGCUUUGCUGCCAAAAUACACUCUGGAAAGAAAUGGUGUCAAUGUAGUCAGUGGCCCCGUGUUCGAUUAUGACUCCAAUGGGCUGUACGAUACUCCAGAAAAAGUGAAGAGAUUAACCCGUGACCCAGAAGUUCUGGUUCCAACUCACUAUUUCAUUGUGCUGACGAGUUGUAAAAAUAUUUCCCAGACCCCACUGCAGUGUGAAGGGGCUCUAGAUGCCUUAUCUUUCAUUGUACCUCACAGGCCAGACAACAGUGAAAGCUGUACAAGACACAAACGUGACUUUUUGUGGGUUGAAGAGCGAAUGAGGUUUCAUACAGCCCGGGUCAGAGAUGUAGAACUUCUCACUGGACUCAGCUUCUACCAAGACAGAAAACAGCCUGUGUCUGAUAUAUUACAGUUAAAAACAUAUUUACCAACUUUUCCCAUGGAGUGA